AGGAAAGGCAAAGAGAAGGAGGCCUCUGAGUCCAGCGCGGCCCCCAUGAGCCCAAAGAAAAGCAGUGAUGCAAACGCAGGCAGGCCUGCAGACAGCACUGCCUCCACAGCUAUGAACAAAUCCACCACCCUGGGAAGCUUCUACCACCUGCCCCCCUACCUGAAGCUUUACGAUGUCCUCAAAGCAACGCACGCCAACUACAAGCUGCUGAAGACCUUGUUUGGCACCAACCUGGCCUCCCAGUGCGAGAGCGUGCUGAGCGGGCCCAGCCGGUCCCAGGGAAAGGCUCUGCGCCUGGGCUCCUCCAGCCUGAGGCCCGGCCUCUACCACUACUGCUUCAUGGCCCCCUACACGCACUUCACCCAGGCCCUGGCCGACGCCAGCCUCCGCAACAUGGUGCAGGCCGAGCAGGAGCAGGACGCCUCCGGCAAAUGCCACCCGUCACAGAGGAGACAAGGAGGAGAGUUCGGCACCACGCUGCCUGAGAUCCCGGUGGACUUCCUACAGGAGAAGGACGUUUUCAGAGAGUUUCUAUACCGAAUAAACACGCUAGGGUGGAGCAGCAGGACGCAGUUUGAAGAGACGUGGGCCACUCUGCUGGGGGUGCUGGUCACCCAGCCCAUCACCAUGGACCAGGAGGAGGAGACGCAACAGGAGGAGGACCUGGAGCGCACGCAGCUGAGCGUGCUGGCGGUGCAGGCCAUCUCCAGCCUGGUGCUGAGCGCCAUGGCGCUGCCGGCCGCCGGGAACCCGGCCAGAGAGAUCCAGGCUCUGGUUUCCAAGAGGGACAACGUUCACACCCACCACCCGUACCACGCCUGGGACCCCGUCCCCUCUCUGUCCGCCGCCUCAGCAGGUCCCAGAAACACAGAAACACGCCGGAAGCACCGGGCCGGUGUGGAUAUCCACUCCUGCUCCCAGUUCCUGCUGGAGCUCUACAGCCAGUGGCUGAUCCCCGUCUCCCCGGGCAACCGCAGGACCCCCACCAUCCUCAUCAGUGAGGUGGUCCGAUCGCUGCUGGCAGUGUCGGACCUGUUCACGGAGAGGAACCAGUUCGACAUGAUGUUCUCCACCCUGAUGGAGCUGCAGAAGCUCCACCCGCCCGAGGACGAGAUCCUGAACCAGUACCUGGUCCCGGCCAUCUCGGUGCUUGCGUCGGGUUCAGAGGUUAGAGGUCAGGGUGGCUCUGGCUGUGUAGCGGAGGCCGUCACGGCCGGUCAUGUUGGUUUCUCCUCAGGCAAAGAGAAAGCCAGCCCCGCCGGCCGCCCCCCCCACGCCGACCCGCAGGCCCCCGACAGCGAGUCCGUCAUCGUUGCCAUGGAGAGGGUCUCUGUGCUCUUCGACAGGAUCCGUAAGGGGCUCCCCAGCGAGGCCCGGGUUGUUUCCCGGAUCCUGCCCCAGUUUCUGGACGACUUUUUCCCCCCUCAAGACGUCAUGAACAAAGUGAUCGGGGAGUUCCUGUCCAACCAGCAGCCGUACCCUCAGUUCAUGGCCACCGUCGUCUACAAGGUUUUCCAGACCCUCCACGCCACGGGCCAGUCCUCCAUGGUCCGGGACUGGGUGCUCCUGUCCCUGUCCAACUUCACCCAGAGGACGCCGGUGGCCAUGGCCAUGUGGAGCCUCUCCUGCUUCUUCGUGUCGGCCUCCACCUCCCAGUGGAUUUCAGCACUACUGCCCCACGUGGUGAGCCGGGUGGGCCUGGGCGAGGCGGUGGACGUGGGUUUGUUCUGCCUGGUGGCCAUGGACUUCUACCGCCACCAGAUCGACGAGGAGCUGGACCGCCGCGCCUUCCAGUCCGUGUUCGAGACGGUGGGGGCCCCGGGGAGCCCCUACCUCCGCCUGCUGGGCUGCCUGCAGUCCAUCCACCGGGACACCUCCCUCUGA